AUGGCCAUUGCCACCCUCGCCAUCGCGAAGACUGAUAUCGGUGGCUGCACAUCCUCUGCCAGCGGAGCCUCCCUCGUCUACUGGGUCCCCGGCACCGGCGAGAUCUGCUCGAUCCUCGACUGCGGCGGCGGCCGCGCUCCCCCCAAGACCACCGUCCCAGGAUGCGCUGCCUACGUCGGCACUGCAACCUACGAGCCCAGCUACCUCCCCGGCUGGGGACCUGAGGGCCAGACCUCGACCGAGGCUCCCUACGUGACCAGCGCCGCAUCCCCCAGCUCCAGCGGCUACGUCCAGGCCAGCGAGACCAAGGAGGUUUCCUCCUCCGCAUACGCCACUGUCUCCGGCUCUGCUUCUGGCUCUGCCUACCCUACCUCCCACGGAAGCACCCUCGCUACCAUCACCUCUGCUCCCUACCCCAGCACUGUCCCAACUCUCGUUGGCACGGGUGGCAGCAGCGUCGUGCACCCCAGCGGCCACAACAACGUCACUGGUACCGCUACCUUGACCACCGGUGCUGAUAUUCCCGAGCACACUGGUGCUGCUAGUGGAUUGAACGUCAAGCAGGGUCUCCUCGGAGUCGCUGCUGGUGUUACAAACAAUACUCUCGAGGUUCCGACUCCGAUCUUCUCGACCAUGACAGGCACGCUCUCUACGAUCCUCACAGCCAUCCUCCUUUCUACAACCGCCCUGGCGACCACGCCCCUAAGCUGUCCAGCAUCCAAUGCCACGCUGCCGGCUCCCCGAAACCCUCUCUGCCAGACCGUCUACCCCUCUACCGUCCAAAUCCUCUCCUCCCUCUACCCAGCCAACGAAUCCGCCCCGACGCGCUUCUUCCAGCUCAUCCACCAGACGAACAUCACAUCCGGAUUCAACAUCCAAGUCGCCUCGCAAGUGCAAUUCCUCAAUAUCGGCGCCGGCCCGCAAAAGAACUGCACACUCGAGCUCCAGCUCCCCGUCAGACCCGACCUCACGAACAUCAAGGGUCCCAAGCCCAUCUUCAAGGUGUUCAACGUAGCCAAGGACCCGGGCGCGAAGGCGACGUGGAAUACGUUCUCGAGUGCCGCGCCCGUCGUUGGUACUGUGAAUGGGACGCCUGAGUCGUUGGCUCGCGCAAGGGGAGACCAGGAUGGGUUGAUCGAGGUGGCGAAUGUCAAGUGUAAUCAGACGAUGACGUUCCAGAUGGCGAUGGUGCAGCCGGAUAAGGAGCCUUGGUUCAAUUAUUGGGAUUUCUUGAAUGUGGCGCCGCCGGCGGAGCCUGUGCAGGGGUGGAGGGUCUCGUAUGGGUGUUGA